GAUUUGUUUCACCCUUGUCUGAUCAACAAAACCUUUUGUAGUUGAUACAAAGAUCGUUAAAGUUUAUUGGGUUUCUCCUGGCUGUUUCGUAUUGUGUUCUUCUCCAUCAGAUCUGAGGAAGAAGGGGAGUUUGUUUGUGAUGUUUUUGUUCGAUUGGUUCUAUGGAAUCCUAGCGACGUUAGGAUUGUGGCAGAAAGAGGCGAAGAUAUUGUUUCUAGGACUCGACAAUGCCGGCAAAACUACUUUGCUUCACAUGCUCAAAGACGAGAGGUUAGUACAGCACCAGCCAACACAGCAUCCCACGUCUGAGGAACUGAGCAUUGGCAAAAUCAAGUUCAAGGCUUUUGACUUGGGUGGCCACCAGAUUGCUCGUCGGGUCUGGAAAGACUACUAUGCCAAGGUUGAUGCUGUUGUGUACUUAGUGGAUGCUUACGACAAGGAGAGAUUUGUGGAGUCUAAAAGAGAGCUUGACGCUCUUCUAUCUGAUGAAGCUUUAUCAAGUGUUCCCUUUCUCAUUCUUGGCAAUAAGAUUGAUAUUCCGUAUGCAGCCUCUGAAGAUGAGCUGAGGUAUCACUUGGGUCUCACCAAUUUCACUACGGGUAAAAGCAAUGUGAGUCUAGAAGAAUCUGGUGUUCGUCCCCUUGAGGUCUUCAUGUGCAGCAUCGUACGCAAAAUGGGAUAUGGGGAGGGCUUUAAAUGGCUAUCUUACUACAUCAAGUGAAUGGGAAACCAAACAAGCACGGUUUUAUGAAUGAAACAUUCUCAAUGUUUCCUCUUUAAAAAGACAUAAACUCUCUUUUAGUAUCCUCCAAGUUUUAAUAUAAUAUCAUUAAGUCGACGGCUUACAACUUGUGUAUUAGUAGUAGUACUUUUGUUGAAUCAAACCGAACAAGAAAAUCAUUCUGAUUGUGAGCAGUAGUAAUCAUCACUAUGACC